UUCUCUUAUAAGGAACCAGUCUAAACUUUUAUAUUAUUUUUUUUUCAAUACGAAAUCCUCUGCUAUAAUAAUUGUAGCUUACCUAAAUCCAUAAACAGGAUAUUUAAAGGUUGAUCAACUCUCUCUACUUUUACCAUAUUUAAUAAAGAUAGGUGGACAUUGAGAAAUUAGACACAACUAUAAAUUAUUUUUCAGUGUUUAAUCUGUUUGUUUAAGGCAGUUUUCUUUGUUAAAACUAUCAAAAAUGUGUGAUGAUAAUGCUGCAGCUGUGGUUGUUGACAAUGGCUCUGGUUUUAUUAAAGCUGGCUUUUCUGGUGAUAAAGAACCCAUGACAAUUUUCCCCACCAUUGUUGGUAAAUCAAAAAGUGUAAUGAAGGAUCAAAAGCAUUAUUAUUAUGGAGAUGAAGCCCAAUCAAUGAGAAAAAAACUAGGUAUUAGAUAUCCAAUAGAAAAGGGUAUUGUAAGAAACUGGGAUGAUAUGGAACAAAUAUGGCAGCAUACUUUCUACAAUGAGCUACAUGUGUUACCGGAAGAACAACCCAUUUUGAUGACAGAAGCCCCAACGAAUCCUCGGCCUAUUCGUGAAAAAAUGACACAAAUAAUGUUUGAAACAUUCAAUGUUCCAUAUUUCUAUGUAAGCGUCCCAGCUGUACUUGCUUUGUAUGCUGAAGGAAGAACAACUGGUGUUGUUUUGAGCUCAGGUGAUAGUCUUACUCAUGCUGUUCCAGUCUAUGAUGGUCAUAUUGUCCCUAAUGCCACUAUCCAUCUUGAUAUAGCUGGGAAAGAUUUAACUGACUACCUGAUAAAAAUUCUUGGUGAUAAAGGUUACAACCUAACUAGUUCGGAUGAUAGAGUAAUAGCAACAGAUAUAAAGGAAAAAUUGAACUAUGUGGCAUUAAAUUUUGAAGAAGAAAUACUUUGCGAUUCAUCAAUUGAAAAAAGAUACGAAUUACCUGAUGGACAAGAAAUGACAAUUGGAAAUGAAAGAUUUCGUUGUCCAGAAGUUCUUUUCCAUCCUUCAAUUCUAGGACUAGAAUCUGAUGGUAUUCACAGAACAAUUUAUAAUUCUAUAACAAAAUGUGAUGAUAAUAUCAGAGACACACUGUUUAAUAAUAUAAUACUGAGUGGAGGUUGUACCAUGUGUGAAGGUAUUGGUCAGAGAGUACACAAAGAAUUAGCAUUGAUACUUCCUCCAAGAAAAAGAUGUAAUGUUAUUGCUUCAGCUAAAAGGAAAUAUUCUCCAUGGAUUGGAGGUUCGAGUUUAGCAUCUUUAUCUACUUUUCGAGAAAUGAGCAUUAGCAGGAAAGAAUAUGAUGAAUCUGGGUCAUCUAUUAUACAUAGGAAAUGCCUCCUAACAAAAGUAAUGUAGCUUGUGAACCUUUUGUCUUAAUAAAAACAAAUUAUAGUUUAUAAUGUAAAAUGUGUUACCUUUAACUUGUAGACAUUAGC